CGCCGUUUCCUCGUUACUACGCAGCCAGCAGUUCUUUCCUCAUCGCCGACCGAGCGCCGCCGCCACCGAUCGAGGCGAGUUCGCCGAAGGUCGCAGCGAAGAAAGACGGUGGCUGCUAUGGACGGCGGUGGUGAAGUGGGGUGCACCAAGAAAGAGGCGGAGGCCGAGUACCAUUGCCACGACUUCGAGUGGGAGGACCUCCGGGCGGAUGUGGAAGCCAACCCUUCCUUCUCCUACCACCUGUCCCCUUUCCCCACGACCACCGCCUCGCCGCAGCCACCAUCAUCGGAGGCCUGGAGAAGCUUCCACCGCCGCCACGCCUCCGGCAGGUUCUUCAAGGAAAGAAGGUAUUUGCUGAAGGAAUUUCCUGAACUGCUUAACAGCAAAGGAUGUGCAAAGGUUUUAGAGGUGGGGUGUGGGAAUGGAAGCACUGUUGUCCCCAUUCUACGAUGUAGUCCAAGCAUCACUGUUUAUGCUUGUGAUUGUAGUGAAGACACUCUAGAGAAAGCAAACGAGAUUGUGUGUAAUACACAGGGGGUUGAUGCCAAGGAUAGAUUCCACCCUUUUUUGCUGGAUGUUUCUAAAGAACAUUUUCCAGGUUGGUUGUUCUGCAAAUGUUGUCAAAGUUCAGAUGGAAAGGUUGUUGAUCUCUCACCAGAUUCAAGUCUUCUUUAUGUAAGGGGAAAAAACUCAAUCUCGCUGAAAGAAGAUCAGUGUUGUGUUGGCGGCAUAGAUUUUAUCACCAUGAUAUUUACGUUGUCAGCCAUACCCUUCAACACAAUUUCAGCUACUCUAGAGCGUUGUGCGUCUGUUCUAAAACCAGGCGGCCUUGUUUUGUUCAGGGAUUAUGGCGUUUAUGACAUGACAAUGCUUCGAUUCUUGCCUCACCAAAGAGUGGGAUUUCGGGAAUAUAUGCGUGCUGAUGGCACCUAUUCGUAUUUCUUCUCGUUGGACACUGUAAGAGAACUCUUUCAUGCUGCUGGACUACUAGAGUCGGAGCUGGAAUACUGCUGUGUCAGAUCAGUGAAUAGAAAGAAUGGCAAGAACAUGCAAAGGGUAUGGGUGCAUGGCAAAUUUAAAAAACCCACAAGUCAAUGACUUUGUGGUUCCUCGGAUGUGCUUCUAAUGUACGAAUGCUCUGCCGCGAACAUGUAAAUUUGCGAAUUUAAAUACAUAUGUUUCACUUCUUGUCAAUCAUGGUUCCUUGAUUUGCAUGUCGAGAGUUCAUAGCUCCUCCCUAGAUCUCUAGGCUCACAGGCAUUGACGGUCAUUGAUUUGGAGGUCGUCAAGGCUUGGUUGGACGCACUGGAUGGAGCAAAGCGAGGGAGAGACAGGAAAGGGACCUCAACGACAGUGACAAAGCAGGCAUGAGGCGUACAUGCUUACUCCUAGCUUGCUUCAUCAAUAUUGUAUUGUACAUGUAGUACGAGUUGUUGCCUCAUGCCUUAUAUUCUUUUGCAUCAUUCCUAAAGGUUGUAUGUUUCAUAUGUGCGAAAAUAAUACUAAUCUUGAUUCUAGAAACACACUCGUGUAGUGACUACCAUUCCAAAAUUGAAGCACCCAAUAGUGCUUUCUGAA